CUAUAUCUAAAUCUCUCUGUUAGCAGUAUGGGUAGGCCUAUUUAUCACAUGCCACUAUUUCUGUUUCUUUCUGGGUGUUCGUGUUGUACUAAGCAAAAUGCUAGAAACCACAAUGCUGAAUAUGCAUUGGUCCCGAUUCAAUACUGCGACACAGUUACCACUGUGACUGCACAACAUGGAAAUCUUAUAUCACCGCAAUAUCCCAACCAAUACCCAGCCAGUAUCGACCAGUGUUGGCUUUUUACAAGCGCUAUACUUUACGAUCACGCUCAUCUAGACUUUAAUGAUUUUGACACGGAGGAAAACGACGACGUGCUGUGGGUUUACUCUACUUCAUCUGGAUAUAUUACUGAUUUCUCCGGCGUGUAUGACCCAGGUUAUUAUACUUAUGUAGGAAACGAACAUUCCAACUUGUUAUUUCAUUUUUCGACCUAUAAAGGUAUUAACAGCCAUCGUGGUUUCAAUAUUACUUAUACCUUUCAUUAAUGCAUCUUACUGGUAAAUAAAUCGACAGCGUUGCAAUGCAUAGCACUGUGGGGUAAGACCGGAGACACCUUUAGCACAUAUAGUAUCCAAAUAUUCUGACCGUUUUUAAACAAUUAACAACAGUCUGUGGUAGUCGUGAGAUUGCGGUUUUAUAAUUCUUUGAAAGUUCUUUGUUUACUACCAAAUUGGACGAGAAAAUAGAAUAAAAAGGUAUCCCAUCUUUCCCCAUCCUACUAUAUAUAAGAUGUUAAUUAAUCUUAAACAUGUGAUUUGUAAUUUCUAACGUUUUUUUUUUGAGAAAUAAAAAUGAAAUAAAUAAUUUUCAACACCGUGCAAUUUAAUGUGUGUAUAUUUAUAAAAAGA